CCUUGAGAACAACUAACAAGUAUUGAAGAUAAAUUCAAAUUUUGGUGUUAAUUUCUCUUCCCAACCAUCAGAUGAAAUAUGAGACUCUGGGCACCCAAUGCCUCACAAAAAGAUCAGAUUUUGAUGAAUUAACUUAGUGGAAGAUCUGAGAUAAUUUCAUAGAGAAAUAGUUGGUUGGGUUAGUGCAGAAUCUGAGAAAAUUUAUAGUUGAGAUCAAUGUUCAAAAUAUCGACACGUAUUGUUCCGAGACCCCUUCGAUACACCCCUAUAAUGGGUGUAUSGGGGACUGACUGGUUCAAGGGGUGGAGGAGCCCUAAACCGCCCCCCCGAACUGGUUUCAGAAAAAAAAAGUAAAAAAAAAGCAGUAUUGAUUUGCCCGAUAUGCCGGUUUGAACCUUGGUUGGUUGAGAUUGYCAUUCCAGUAGUUGAAGGUUUUGCCGAGGUUCAAGCAAAACUUACCCACCAAAAAGAUAGAAUGCAAGAGAAGUAGAGAAAUUGGACGGUUGUGAUCAAUGACAUGAAUCUUGGUAUUUGGUUCCAUAGCCUGCUCAAUCAAUUGGCUACUACUGCGCAAGGUUGAUCCUCUUUUCAAUUGUGGAGGAAAUGAAAGAGACAUUCUACCUCUCCACUUCUUAGGAAAACCUAGAACUUACUCUGAUUAUUCACUAAGAAAAUUCUGAUGACCCCAUGUUCCUUGCUAAGCAAUCGGAGGUGUCUUAUCUUAUCUUCCUUUCCUCCAAGCAUGAUAAGCAAGCAGGGAAGGUGCCUUGUUGCAAGCUUGUUUGACAAUGGGAAGUGAGUCCAAUCUGAAUAAACGCCAUUAUGAUCUUAGCAUGUCCAAGAGAACCAGAAAACCAGUAAAGCUCGAAGGAUCCAAUCGACAGGCCAUAACAGUGCGUCAUCCUGAAAAGCGGAAUCAUCCCACAACAGAAGUCGAUGAAGAGAAGGACAAUUAUAAAUCUCAAACAGAAAAUUCUUCUUCAAGAGUUGUUGAGGAGAGGAAGAAUGCCAAAUGUUCUCCUACUCCAGGAGUUGAUGGCAAGGAGGACACCACUGAUCAUAGAAGCGUCAAAGAGCUGAUCAAUGGUAAUGGUGAGGGAGAAGUGAAGCGUGGUCAAGGUAGUCGUAGUAGUGGGAAUUCACUUGGUCAUCGUUUCACUUUCACAGAAGAAAAACAGCUCCAGUUGGUGACCAAACAGCAAGGAGAAGGCACGGAGGGAGUCAAAACAGGUGGGAUGGUAAGUCGUUAUGUUAAAGCCCUGAGCCACUUGAUCAAGGUCAAGCGUGAUCCCCAUCUGGGUUCCCGGAAAAAGCAUGUUCUCCGGCUAAAAAUGUAGGCAUCAAAGGGAUGGGUGGAAUGGAGUUCACAGGCAUCGGUGGAUUUUUCUCUGAAAAAUACGUAAUUGAUCAGACCAGUGCAACAUAUGCAGUCAAUACUUUAUACAUAAAUAAUUAAACAUUAGUAUAAGCUUUUUCUAUUUGUGAUUUUGUGUUUAUCUCUACUCUAUCCCCAUCUCUAUAGUUUACUGGUUUUAAUUAUGUUUUUACUGUACGAGUAUUUCCUGUAUUCUGCAUUUGGUUAUCAUGGAUCUGUGCCAUCUAUUGCAUUCCUCUUGUAUGAGGAAGGAGAGAGAUAAGAGAAUUAAUGGACAUAAAUAGAAUAACUCUUUUGAUUG